AUGGCUAAGAGCAAAUCCUGCAGCUUCUCCCAGCUGAGGAUCAGGAAGGUUGUCCCCAUCUAUUUCACCAUGAUAGGCCUGUUCCUGACCCUCUUCUUGGUGUCUCUCCAUGGAACGUCCCCAGUGAGCGGCCCCUUCCCAUAUAAUGUGCCCCUGGAUCCUCAGGGCUCCCUCCAGCUCUUCUGGAACGUCAGUUACACGGAGAAAGUGGUGUAUUUCCAGAUCCUCAUCAAAGAUCUCAAAUUUGGGAUGAUUUUCGGGAUGUCUGACAGAGGCGAGUUUGAAGGAGCGGAUCUGGCUGUGCUGUGGAGCGACGGACGGAACUCCUACUUCGGUGACGCCUGGAGCGAUGAUGACGGACUUCUGCACAUCGAUUCCCACCAGGACUACCAGCUGCUGUUGGCUCGGAAGGCACCAGAGGGUCUCUACCUGAUCUUCAGACGCCCCUUUUCUACCUGUGACCCCAGAGAUUACCUCAUCGAGGAUGGGACUGUGCACAUCAUCUACGCCCUGCUGGAGAGACCCUUCCAGUCCUUGUCUGCUAUCAAUAUCUCCACCCUCCACCGGGGGCUGCAGCGGGUCCAGCUACUGAAGUCCGAGGUCCACAUGCCCCGCCUUCCCAAUGAUGUCAUAACCAUGGAUGUCCGAGCCCCAAACGUUCUCAUCCCGGACAAGGAAACGACCUACUGGUGUUACAUCACCGAGCUUCCUCGUCACUUCUCCAAGCAUCACAUCGUCAUGUAUGAACCGGUGAUCACCAAGGGGCACGAGGCGAUAGUCCACCAUAUUGAGGUCUUCCAGUGCGCUGACGAGUACGACGCCAUCCCUCACUACAGCGGCCCUUGUGACUCUAAGAUGAAACCCGAGACCCUCAACUACUGCAGGCACGUCCUAGCUGCCUGGGCUAUGGGAGCACAGGCGUUUUACUACCCUAAAGAUGUCGGUCUGCCAUUUGGGGGUCCCGGGUCUUCCCGUUUCCUGCGACUAGAGGUUCAUUAUCACAACCCCCUGGAACUGAAAGGUCUGAGAGACUCGUCCGGCAUCCGCCUGCAUUACACCCCAUCCCUGAGACUGUUUGAUGCUGGGAUCAUGGAACUUGGCCUGGUGUACACCCCGGUGAUGGCUAUCCCACCGCGACAGAAAGACUUUGUACUCACCGGCUACUGUACAGAUAAAUGCACGCAGACGGCUCUUCCCCUGGACGGGAUCUACAUCUUCGCCUCUCAGCUACACACACAUUUAUCCGGGCGGAGAGUGACCACCACAAUAGUCCGGGAUGGAAAAGAAAUCGGGAUUGUGAAUGAAGAUAAACAUUUCAGUCCACAUUUCCAGGAGAUCCGCAUGUUAAAGAAGCCGGUUCAAGUUUUACCAGGGGAUCAGCUGAUAACCAGCUGCUCAUACAACACGGAGGACAGAAGCGGAGUGACAGUGGGCGGAUUCAGCAUCACGGAUGAGAUGUGCGUGAACUACAUCCACUAUUACCCCCGUACUGAGCUGGAGCUGUGCAAGAGCCACGUGGAUCCGGGAUACCUGAGAAAGUACUUCAACCUGGUGAACAGGUUCAGCGGGGACGAGGUCUGCACGUGUCCCCAGGCGGCUGUCACCGAGCAGUUUGGCGAGGUCCCAUGGAAUUCCUUCAGCAGCGAGGUCCUGGACGCCUUGUACGGCUAUUCCCCAAUCUCCAUGCAUUGCAACAAAUCCUCCGCCCUGCGCUAUCCAGGCGAGUGGGAGAAGCAGCCGCUACCACACAUCAAAGCGGCCUUGCCCCCCGUGGACACAAGCUGCCCGCCAGAGGACGCGGCCACCACAGGGCCAACCUUUGUUAAGGUUUGAAGCGGAGAAUUUCCUGAGGACUGUGGGGGACCAGUGACUGUGCGGGUGACAGAAUGGAAACACCCGACAAGAGCGCUGUGUUACUAUCAUGUGCUGCCUGCAAUCCGGCACUUGGACCCUCGCAUUAUUGCGCCGUCUGCCCCGGUCUAGAAACCACCAUUAUACAUGAUGUACAGUCUAUUCAAUAUUAACCCCCGGCCGCAGGAGCUAAUUGGCUGUAGAGGGCGUCCUACAGUCGUAAGCUGACCCCCUCCCCCGAGACGACAUCUACAGCCAGAUAAGCCCCUUGCGGGCGGGAGUUCACCCAUUAUGGGGCUGAUUCUGGCCCAGCUGAUGCGUCACCUGCCCCUAUAAUCGCUGUAACAACUCUGCCCCCUAGAGGAGCCUGUGCAUGCUGUAGAAGGAAACCCCAAUUCCCCCUGAUCACUGGUGAAUAAUUGUGAACUUUUCUGAUGAAAAAUAAAGCAUUCAUUAGUUUCUAACCUA